GCGCGGGAGCACUUUGCGAUAGGAUGAGGCUCCGGGCUGGCGCGGUAGUACUAUGAUUUGGUAUGUGGCCACUUUCAUAGCAAGUGUGAUCGGCACCCGAGGGCUUGCGGCUCAAGGCUCCCACGGCCUGCGAGAGGAGCCCGAGUUUGUGACGGCAAGAGCUGGGGAGAGCGUGGUCCUACGAUGCGACGUGAUCCACCCAGUGACGGGACAGCCCCCACCCUAUGUCGUAGAGUGGUUCAAGUUCGGGGUCCCCAUCCCUAUCUUCAUCAAGUUCGGCUACUACCCCCCGCACGUGGACCCUGAGUAUGCAGGCCGGGCCAGUCUUCAUGAUAAGGCAUCUCUGCGGCUGGAACAAGUUCGCUCUGAGGACCAGGGCUGGUACGAGUGCAAAGUGCUCAUGCUGGACCAGCAGUAUGACACCUUCCACAACGGCAGCUGGGUCCACCUCACCAUCAACGCCCCUCCCACCUUUACAGAAACACCCCCCCAGUACAUCGAGGCCAAGGAGGGUGGCAGUAUCACCAUGACCUGCACAGCUUUUGGGAACCCCAAGCCCAUUGUCACCUGGCUCAAGGAGGGGACACUCCUCGGUGCUAGUGGGAAAUACCAGGUGAGUGAUGGCAGCCUGACAGUGACAUCGGUCAGUCGGGAGGACAGAGGUGCCUACACCUGUCGAGCGUACAGCAUUCAGGGGGAGGCUGUCCACACCACCCACCUGCUUGUCCAAGGGCCCCCUUUCAUCGUCUCCCCUCCUGAGAACAUCACCGUCAACAUCUCCCAGGAUGCUCUGCUCACCUGCCGGGCAGAGGCGUAUCCAGGCAACCUCACCUACACCUGGUACUGGCAGGACGAGAACGUCUACUUUCAGAAUGACCUGAAGCUGAGGGUGCGCAUCCUAAUCGAUGGGACCCUGAUCAUCUUCCGGGUGAAGCCGGAGGACUCCGGGAAGUACACCUGUGUGCCCAGCAACAGCCUGGGGCGUUCCCCCUCCGCCUCAGCGUACCUGACGGUGCAGUAUCCAGCCCGUGUCCUCAACAUGCCCCCUGUAAUUUACGUGCCCGUGGGGAUCCAUGGCUACAUCCGCUGCCCUGUGGAUGCAGAACCACCAGCCACCGUGGUCAAGUGGAACAAGGACGGCCGCCCCCUGCAGGUCGAGAAGAACCUGGGUUGGACCCUGAUGGAGGAUGGCUCCAUUCGAAUUGAGGAGGCCACAGAGGAGGCUCUUGGCACUUACACCUGUGUGCCUUACAACACCCUGGGGACCAUGGGCCAGUCUUCCCCUGCGAGGCUUGUCCUGAAGGACCCCCCCUAUUUCACGGUGCUACCAGGCUGGGAGUACAGGCAGGAGGCCGGCCGGGAGCUGCUUAUCCCCUGCGCGGCUGCGGGGGACCCCUUUCCUGUCAUCACGUGGAGAAAGGUAGGGAAGCCCAGCAGAAGCAAGCACAGUGCCCUACCCAGUGGGAGCCUGCAGUUCCGUGCCCUGAGUAAGGAGGACCACGGGGAGUGGGAAUGUGUUGCCACCAACGUGGUCACGAGCAUCACUGCCAGCACCCACCUCACCGUCAUCGGCACCAGCCCCCAUGCCCCGGGCAGUGUCCGGGUCCAGGUCUCCAUGACAACUGCCAACGUGUCCUGGGAACCAGGCUAUGAUGGAGGCUACGAGCAGACAUUCUCAGUUUGGAUGAAGCGGGCACAGUUUGGGCCCCAUGACUGGCUGUCCUUGCCAGUGCCGCCAGGACCCAGCUGGUUGCUGGUGGAUACCCUGGAGCCCGAGACGGCGUACCAGUUCAGCGUCCUGGCCCAGAACAAGCUGGGAACCAGCGCCUUCAGUGGGGUGGUCACUGUGAACACUUUAGCAUUCCCUAUUACAACUCCAGAACCCCUGGUGCUGGUCACCCCACCGAGGUGCCUCAUAGCCAAUCGGACUCAGCAGGGUGUGCUCCUGUCCUGGCUUCCGCCUGCCAACCACAGCUUUCCCAUCGACCGCUACAUCAUGGAGUUCCGCGUCGGGGAGCGCUGGGAGAUGCUCGACGAUGCCAUCCCCGGCACUGAUGGAGAGUUCUUUGCCAAGGAUCUGUCACAGGACACGUGGUACGAGUUCCGGGUUCUGGCCGUCAUGCAGGAUCUGAUCAGCGAGCCCAGCAACAUCGCCGGCGUCUCCAGCACAGACAUCUUCCCGCAGCCGGACCUGACCGAGGAAGGGCUGGCGCGGCCUGUGCUGGCGGGAAUCGUAGCUACCAUCUGCUUCUUGGCAGCUGCCAUCCUGUUCAGCACCCUGGCUGCCUGCUUUGUCAACAAGCAGCGCAAGCGUAAGCUCAAGCGCAAAAAAGACCCUCCACUCUCCAUCACCCACUGCAGGAAGAGCCUGGAGUCUCCCUUGUCCUCUGGCAAGGUGAGCCCUGAGAGCAUCCGCACGCUCCGGGCGCCGUCAGAAUCCUCGGACGACCAGGGCCAGCCUGCGGCCAAGAGGAUGCUGAGCCCCACCCGCGAGAAGGAGCUGUCGCUGUACAAGAAGACCAAGCGGGCCAUCAGCAGCAAGAAGUACAGCGUGGCCAAAGCGGAGGCCGAGGCGGAGGCCACCACGCCCAUCGAACUCAUCAGCAGAGGCCCUGACGGCCGCUUCGUGAUGGACCCUGCCGAGAUGGAGCCCUCACUGAAGAGCAGGCGCAUCGAGGGCUUCCCCUUCGCCGAGGAGACAGACAUGUAUCCCGAGUUCCGCCAGUCGGAUGAGGAGAAUGAGGACCCACUGGUGCCCACAUCUGUGGCCGCCCUGAAGUCCCAGCUCACCCCUCUGUCAUCCAGCCAGGAGUCCUACCUGCCACCACCAGCAUACAGCCCUCGGUUCCAGCCCCGUGGGCUGGAGGGCCCCGGUGGCCUGGAAGGUCGGCUUCAGGCCACAGGUCAGGCCCGGCCCCCUGCCCCCCGACCCUUCCACCACGGCCAGUAUUAUGGGUACCUCAGCAGCAGCAGCCCUGGGGAGGUGGAGCCGCCCCCAUUCUACGUGCCAGAAGUGGGCAGCCCCCUGAGCUCCGUCAUGUCGUCCCCGCCCCUGCACACCGAGGGGCCCUUUGGCCACCCUACCAUCCCCGAGGAGAAUGGAGAGAAUGCAUCCAACAGCACGCUGCCCUUGACUCAGACACCUACAGGAGGGCGCUCCCCUGAGCCCUGGGGCCGGCCAGAAUUCCCCUUCGGGGGACUGGAGACCCCAGCAAUGAUGUUCCCCCACCAGCUGCCACCCUGUGAUGUGCCCGAGAGUCUGCAGCCCAAGGCCGGCCUCCCCCGAGGACUGCCCCCCACCUCCCUGCAGGUGCCCGCAGCCUACCCGGGCAUCCUGUCUCUGGAGGCACCAAAGGGUUGGGCAGGCAAGUCGCCCGGCAGGGGCCCUGUCCCAGCGCCUCCCGCCGCCAAGUGGCAGGACAGACCUAUGCAACCUCUGGUAAGCCAAGGGCAGCUGCGACAUACAAGCCAAGGCAUGGGCAUACCUGUGCUGCCUUACCCCGAGCCGGCUGAGCCGGGGGCGCACGGCGGCCCCAGCACAUUUGGCCUGGACACCCGGUGGUACGAGCCCCAGCCCCGGCCCCGGCCCAGCCCCCGGCAGGCCAGGCGUGCCGAGCCCAGUUUACAUCAAGUGGUGCUACAGCCCUCCCGGCUCUCACCUCUGACCCAAAGCCCCCUCAGCUCCCGCACUGGCUCCCCUGAGCUCGCCGCCCGUGCCCGGCCUCGCCCGGGCCUCCUACAGCAGGCAGAGAUGUCAGAGAUCACCCUGCAGCCUCCUGCUGCAGUCAGCUUUUCUCGAAAGUCCACACCGUCCACGGGCUCCCCGACCCAGAGCAGCCGCAGCGGGAGUCCCAGCUACCGGCCCGCCAUGGGCUUCACCACACUGGCCACAGGCUACCCUUCCCCUCCACCUGGCCCUGCCCCUGCUGGGCCUGGGGACAGCUUGGACGUGUUUGGACAGACGCCUUCCCCUCGAAGGAUGGGGGAGGAACUGCUCCGACCAGAGCCCCCACCACCCACGUUACCUACUUCAGGAACACUUCCACCUGCACCCGGGAACGCUGCUGCACCUGAGAGGCUGGAGGCUCUGAAAUACCAACGGAUAAAGAAGCCCAAAAAGUCAUCCAAGGGCUCUUCGAAGUCAAAGAAACGAUCCGACGGUUCUGCCUCCCAGGCUCAGCAGCUUCCCAACUCUCAGGUUCUGUGGCCCGACGAAGCUGUCUGCCUCCGAAAGAAGAAGAGACAUUCUCGUCCUGACCCCUUUGCCCGGCUCUCAGACUUGUGCCACCGCCAGCUUCCGGAAGACCAGACAGCGAUUCUCAACAGUGUGGACCACGAUGACCCAGGCCAUGCCACUUUGCUGUGACUCGACCCCACCCUAGGUGUCCCCGGGGCGAGGUUGCUGGGCUCAGACAGGGAGGGCCACCGUGUGGGGGUGUGUCCUCCUCCGCCUGCCAAGGACGGCCCGGAUCUUUGUCCUGCAUGCCCCCUCUUUUGCCAGAGCGGGCGUCUCCCUCCAGAUUCUGGCCACCUGUCUUCAGGACGGAGGGUGGGCAGACCUUCCACCUGUGGGUCGAGGUCAGGAAGUGGAUUGGAGACUGGGCAACGCCUGUCUCCUCCCCUCUGCCCCUGCUUCACUAGGCUGAUUUUUCUCAUCUCUUCCAAUGUCUUUGGAAGUGAAGAGGAAAGCAAUGGCUUUUACUGCUCUCUGCUUCUGUUUCAGUUUUUCAAGUCCUGGAAGAAGGCUGGACUUAAUGUCCAUCUUCCACACCCCACAUAUGUAUAGAUAUAGAUACAGAUGCAUAUGUCUGUAGUGUGUGGGUUUCUCUGUGUGUGUGUGUAUAUAUAUAUACAUAUAUAUGUACAUCGAGGCAAAGUGCUGUUGCUCUCUGUGGUCAGUGGAGGCAGG